CCGAAGUCUGAUUUCCGCUUUCUGGCUCGCUCUUUCGCUUUCUCUAUCUAGCGGCGGGAAUUAGAUACGCAUGACCCCACAGCCACCGCCAUGCGCCUCACAACCGCCUCCCUUCACCGAGGCUGAGGUCCGAUAGAAUGAGCCACAUCAUAUUCCGGCGAUGAUGUUACAAGCACCGGCGGCAUUUUGACUUUCUAAGAAAUGCCACCACUCGCCACUUUGGUGCUCGCCGAUCGUAAUAGGAAUCAGUCUCCAUGUCGAGGUCUUUAGCUUUUGGAAGUGUUAGGAAGGUUGCCAAUUCUUGUUACUCUAAACAGAAGCAUAGCUUCCCAGGAGUAAGCAAUAAUGGGGAAUGUUAUCCAAUUGGACUUCCUUGCAUCUUAUAUAGGUUAUAUUCAAAGUACAAAAAUCCUUUAAGAGGGCAUAGUUCUUUUACAUUGUACAAAGUCAAAGAAAACAUAUUUGCAAGUAGUGGCUCAAGGAACUUCUAUGCCCUCUCAGGUAGCCAUGUCAUAUCACAUAAUGCCCAAGCAACUUGGAAGCAGCUUUCUUGGAUAUGUAGUCACAACGGGCCAGUAUUAUCCCCAAUUAGUAAGAUUGCUCGUGCUGUGAGUUUUGCUCUAACACGGUCUAAUCUAGCAGCUCCUGGUGUUAUUGCCUUUUUAGUUGGAGAGCUUGCUUGCAAGCAGCGGAGAUGGACAGAAGCCGAAUAUUUUCCAACCAAAGAUGCUCUGUAUAUGCAAGCACAAGAUGGAAAAAUUUAUCUGACAUCAUUUGUGGCUUUACUUCUGGAGUGUGUGAUUUUGUUACUCAGAGCUAUACAUUUAGCAAUCUUAUUCUUGCCAUCCAUCGCCAUGGCACCACUUGCUGAUUCUCUCGGUGCUGAGUUUAGGAAAGCAUGGGUUCAUGUUGUUCAUCUAACAUUGGAAAAAGCAGGUCCGGCAUUUAUCAAAUGGGGGCAGUGGGCUGCAACAAGACCCGAUCUCUUCCCAAGAGAUUUAUGUGCUGAACUAACAAAACUUCAUGCUAAAGCACCAGCACAUAGCUUUUACUAUACAAGGAAAACUGUUGAAAAUGCAUUUGGACGCAAGCUACCAGAAAUUUUCACAAAAUUUGAAGAAGAACCUGUGGCAUCUGGAAGCAUCGCUCAAGUUCAUCGGGCAAUACUGAAAUAUAGGUACCCUGGUCGGCAAAUGAAGCAGCCCAUUGUUGUUGCUGUCAAGGUUCGACAUCCUGGAGUUGGUGAAGCCAUUAGAAGGGACUUCACCAUAAUCAAUUUUGUGAGCAAAAUUGCAAACUUCAUACCUCCAUUAAAGUGGUUGAGAUUGGAUGAAAGUGUACAGCAAUUUGCUGUCUUCAUGAUGUCUCAAGUCGAUCUUGCAAGAGAGGCUGCUCAAUUGAGUCGUUUUAUAUAUAAUUUUCGUAGAUGGAAGGAUGUGUCAUUUCCAAGGCCUCUUUAUCCUCUGGUGCACCCAGCUGUCUUAGUGGAAACUUAUGAACAUGGUGAAAGUGUCAUGCAUUAUGUUGAUGAGCUUGAAGGGCAUGAACGACUUAAAAGUGCCCUUGCUCACAUUGGAACGCAUGCUCUUUUAAAGAUGCUCUUGGUAGACAAUUUUAUUCACGCAGAUAUGCAUCCUGGAAACAUUCUAGUCCGAGUACCUGAAAGGAAACCAUCAAAUAAUCAGCUCUUUAGUUCAAGACCCCAUGUCAUAUUUCUUGAUGUGGGCAUGACUGCUGAACUUUCUAAAAGAGAUCGAACCAACAUACUGGACUUCUUUAAGGCUGUUGCUCUUAGAGAUGGUCGGACUGCCUCUGAAUGCAUGCUGAGAUUGUCCAAACAGCAAAACUGCCCAAACCCAAAGGCUUUCAUUGAGGAUGUAGAAAAAGCUUUCACUUCCUGGGACUCACCAGAUGGUGACUCAAUCCAGCCGGCUGAAUGCAUGCAGCAAUUACUUGAGCAAGUUAGACGUCAUAAAGUCAACAUUGAUGGCAAUGUUUGUACUGUGAUUGUAACUACUUUGGUUCUUGAGGGGUGGCAGCAUAAGCUUGAUCCAGAAUAUGAUGUGAUGCAUACCCUGCGAACAUUGCUGUUUAAAGUUGAUUGGCUGGAGUCGCUCUCUUACACCAUGGAAGGACUCAUGGCCCCUUAAAAGUCUCCUAUCUGGAUCUUAUUUCUCAAAAAUUUUGAAUAACAAUACUGAGAGAGCAACAAAAGAAAUAAAUAAGGUUGUGUUUUGAUCUUUCUAUCUGGAUGUUCUGGUUUUGUGGAGCCAGUUUCAUUUUUUGCAGGUGCGAUUAGAGAGUUUUGGAAUAAAAUUUUUAGAACUAUACUUCACUGAUAAGAGAAAACUAACCACGAGUGUAUAAUUCGAAUUACUGCUACAAGUUUACUUCCAAAGAUCGGAAACAUACUGCAAUGUUUGCUGUUUA